AUGAAUUUACUCUAUACCGUUUUGUUUCUGACCUCUUUAGCUCCACUACCCGGAGCUAGUAGGCCAACACCACCAAAUGCUUGCAAUCAGUCUCUUCCGGUGGACCAAACAGAUUCUCAGUUGGAGGGUUCCUCGACCUUACCUAGUCAAAGUAAUCGGGCUCCUCCACUUCGGGCGAAUCAGACCAACACGGAAAGGGUUGCACCGACUGCCAUUGUUACACCUCCAUCUCCGGCGAGGGAUGCACAAGGUGAGAGCAACAAACGGAUUACCCCACCGGAUAAGAGAGACCUAAAAUCCCCAUUUCCAAUGACCGCUACUCAAUCUCUGGCUCAGAUUAACCUGGCUUCUUCAUCAACGGUCCGGUCCACCCAGCCAGUUCCACCACCUGCUCCUCUUUCUUCACCGACUUGCUUAAUCCAACAAGGACAGUGCAGCCAACCGAACCGGCUAAGUCAGUUCCACCAAGCUCAACCACCCGGUACUCCUCCUAUCAGAAUUCCCUGGUACCACGAUAACACGUUUUUCGCCAUUGAAGGUAGUGGACAACAUGGCGUGCCACCAAAUGAAUUCCACAGAAUGGACUGUCUAAGCAUUUGCGUGCUACAUUAUUUGUUGGCCAGUGGAUUGAGCCACACAGCCUCAUGGUGUCAACUCCCAAGGCUCAGUACGAGCAUCCAUAUUCAAUGCUUUCUCAAUCAGGUUGCUUUCUCUCUAUUACUCUUGGCUCAUACCGUCUUUCCACGAACACACCCAAUCUUGGCGUUUAUUAUGGAUCGUCUCUCCUUCUUAUUAACCGUGAUCGCGGCUUACUUAGCUUCCAUGCCCAUGUUUCCUCCAUAUAUAGCGAUCAUUAUGUUUCUUGUUGUUGCUUUAGUCUACAUGUUUGCUCGUUUCAGGCGUUAA